AGAGUCAUGAGUGAGUCAGAAUCAGUCAUUUUUCUUCUGAAUGUGGCGACAGUUGCGGGGUUUAAAGCCGCUUAAAACAUGAAGACAGCCGAGACUCGUCCUCCUGAUUAGAUUAGAUUAGAUUAGAGCUGAGCGGAGAGAGAUCUUCCACCAUGGAGGAGAAGGUGCUAGAGUUCCAGGAAAUUCUGGUGCAGGUUCAGGACUCCUUGAGCCAGACUGAGGUGCUGGAUCUCGUGUUCCUCUGCUCUGAUAUGCUCAGGAAGGAUCUCAGCAGUGUGGUCACAGCCAGAGAUCUGUUUUCUCUGCUGCAGAAUCAUGACCUGCUAUCUUCUGAAGAUAGGUCUCUGCUUGUUGAGCUGCUGAAGAUCAUCAAACGUGAUAAACUUAUCCGAGACCUGCAAUUGAAUCCACAACUCUCAGGAAGUCGUGUCUCCCCCUACAGGCAGAUGCUAUUUGAUUUAUCAGAGAACAUCUCAGAAGAUGAACUAAAGACUAUUAAAUUUGUGCUGGGCAAGACUUUACCCCGCAAGAAACUACAGCAAGAUGUGACAAUACUGCAGUUGUUUAUGGAACUGGAGAAGGGAGGCUGCAUGGGUGCUGAUAACCUUGGCACUAUAGAAAGAAUCAUUGGAUUUGUAUGCCCUCAUUUAAAGAAAACAAUCAGUUCGUAUCAAAUGGAGACCGGUGCUAGUGUUCAUGAAGAAGUGAAAUGGAGGGACAAGUCUGAUUCUCAGGACGUCUCAGUAACCACCAGACCAAUUCUGCCUGAGGACAUUGUAGGGGCUACAUACAACCAAGAUUUGGUGUCUACUGAAGAGCUGCUGCCCCCCUCAUAUUUUAGUCAGCCACAGUCCACAGAGGUGCGUUCCUUGCAGACAUCUUUCUCGGGUGAUGCUGUACAGGCACAGAUUGCACGCUUGAAUCUUUCUGAAACUCAAAACCUCGCCCAAGGUGACAAGAACCUGAGCUUUCCUGAGCCUAACCAAAAUAACACACCGAAGCUGGAGCAAUAUGACAUGAGUGGAGAUUGGAGAGGAAUCGCCUUGAUCAUCAACAACUAUGAUUUUUCAAAUUAUCCAAGGCUGAAGAACAGAGAGGGGACGGACGUAGAUGAGAAGAGUUUAGUUGCUGUGUUCAAGUGGCUGGGGUUUGAAACCAUGACAAAGCAGGACUGCAGUAGGGAGGACAUGCUGAGUGCUCUGAAUGCGCUGUGCAAGCGAGAUCACACUCAGGCCGACUGUGUGGUGUGCUGUGUGCUGACUCAUGGCUAUGAGAGGGGUCUGUAUGGGGUGGAUGGAGGGAAAGUCUCGCUAAGGGAGCUGAUGGAGCUGCUGGAUGGCCACCGUUGCCCCUCCCUCAACCGAAAGCCCAAACUCUUCUUCAUCCAAGCCUGUCAGGGCUUGCAGGAGCAGCAGGUGGUCUUCCUUCAGUCGGAUGGUUCUACAAACACCUCAGACAUGGAGAUGGGUUUUUUUUGUGAUGCUGAAGUGCCCAAAGAGUCCAUACCUGCAGGGGCUGACUACCUAGUGGCGAUGGCGACGGUGCCAGGCUAUGUCUCAUUCAGAGAGAAAUUUAGAGGAACCUGGUUCAUACAGUCAUUGUGUAAGAACCUACAAAAGCUUGUGCCAAGUGGUAUUGAUCUGCUGUCCAUCCUGACUGAAGUGAACAAAGAAGUUAGCAAGAAGGCUGACAAAACUGGAACCAGAAAGCAGAUGCCACAGCCAGAAUUCACACUGACUAAGAGAGUAGUGUUCCCAAUACCAAAAACCCCUAUGCCCUCUUAAUCAUCAUUUAACUGACAUUUCAUCUGGAUUGCUACAAGGUCUUAACCUUGAGAAACUGUUUUUAAAAAUUGCCAUAUUUUUUUAUGUGUAUAUAUAUAUAUAUAUAUAUAUAUAUAUAUAUAUAUAUAUAUAUAUAUAUAUAUAUAUAUAUAUAACUUGACAUUUUAAGACAAGAUGAACAGCACAACAGCAGGAGACCGCAGAAUUGUAGCACCAAAUGUAACAUGUACCAUCCAUACUUGAACCACCUUCAGUUUACUGUGUAUUACAUUACAUUUGGGUUUGCCAUCAUCAAUAUGGAUAUUAAAUGUGUCAAAGUGUGUUAAACACCAAAUUAAAUUAGGGGAUUAACAAUAGUGCAGAUGUAGUUUAUGUUUCCUAUUUUUAUGGAGAAUGUAAAACAUUUUUCAAAUAUAUAUUUUUUAUAUUUGGUACAUACAAUAUAUUUCUGCUGAGUUCAGUAUCUGUCAGUAAACAUCGUACAUACUGUUCGAGUGCAGCCCAUGUUUUAACCUAUGUGCCUUCUUGUGCUGUUGCAUGUCAUCCACUGGGUUUACGCUUCGUAUUUUGACUUUGGAUUAUGAUUCUCAUUUGACUGCAUGCUGCCUGUGACUAUGAUAUCAACUAAAGGUUCAUGGGGUAAAGCAAUAUGUGAGAAUACUUGUGGAACAUUUCAUCAUAGAAAUUGUUAUACAUAGCAAAUUAUCAUGUUAAAUACAGACAUGGGCAAAAUUGUUGGUACCCUUUCAUGCAAAAGAGGAACCCACGACUAUCUCUGAAAUAAUUUGAAAUUGAUAACCGUUAAUGGCAUCAAUCACUCAGACGCCUCUCUCUGGUCCAUGAUCAGUGUGGUGCACACAAUGAUACCAACCUACACAGUGGCACGUUUUCUCUCUUUAAAUAGGCUGAUUAGCUGUUACAAAGAUUGAAGAUACCUGUGACACUAAUUAAGGUUAAACAAUUAGUUUGAAACAUGAUUUAGAAUGCAAUGAUUUCUAAUCUUUUUUUAGUCGUACCAAGAAAUCUGUCCGGGCUGUUUUAGAUUAUCUUGAUAAAAUAAAUAAGUCAUUUCUCUUCACAAUUUUAUUGGUUUAAUCUAUCACAUACUAUGGGCAGGCAGGUAUAUAAGAGACUAUUGCUUUUGGUUUAAUCACUUUUCAGGAGCAAUGAAUCAUUGUUUCAAAGAACUAUAAGAGUACCAACAAAUUUGUCUACAUCUGUAUAUCAAUUAAAACCAGGUAAACUACUUUAAAAGACCUCUUGUAAAGUAUGUCUACUUGUUUUUAUAUUAUAGUAUUAUUUUUUUCUCUGCUUUUCCCAUUUUUGUUUCUUUUCUGUUAUAUUAAUUGUGUUGUCCAAUUAAACAAACUCAAAUUCUAA